GUUGAAUUCGAUCCCAUAUCUCGUCAAUUCCAACGCCUCACCGUCCUCUCAUCUCCUAUAUCGGCGAAGCUGUCUGACAAAUCUAUAUCCAACCUCAUAAUAAACAAUUAGCUUCUGCCCUGUUGACCAAACUCAACUAUCAAUUGACUUUUUUAUAUCCGACAAGUGCGCUGUCUGAGCAAGAAAUAAAGACAGAAAGAGCUUGAAAAGCUGUGACAACUUUCGGAGCUAAUUGACUCGAGCGCGGGGCACGAUGGGGGACGCAGCCCAAGACCUCGACGCCAAAGGAGGCGCUCUCGAUACGGCGAAGGACUUGUUCGCUGGAGCUGCUGGAGGAAUUGCACAGGUUCUUAUAGGCCAACCCUUCGACAUAGUAAAAGUGCGACUCCAAACCAGCACAGCCUACAGCUCCGCCCUCGACGCCGCCUCCUCAAUCUACGCCAAAGAAGGCCCCCUCGCAUUCUACAAAGGCACACUAACGCCUCUCAUCGGGAUCGGCGCCUGCGUAUCCAUCCAAUUCGGCGCCUUCGGCUGGGCACGUCGGUACUUCGAGACCGCGAACGCUUUGUCCCACCCCAAGGGAUCCAAGGACCUCGGGUACGGGCAGUACUUCGCGGCGGGCGCCUUCGCGGGGGUCGCGAACUCCGUGAUCUCCGGACCCAUCGAACACGUGCGUAUCCGGCUGCAGACGCAACCGCACGGGGCAGCGCGACUGUACGCGGGGCCGCUGGACUGCGUGCGGAAGCUAUCCGCGCAUUCGGGCGUGUUGCGGGGCUUGUACCGCGGAGAAGCAGUGACGGUCUGGCGGGAGGCGUUCGCGUACGGGACGUGGUUCCUGACGUUCGAGUACCUGAUGAACCUGGACGCGGCGCGGAACCGCGUGCAGCGGUCCGAAGUACCGGCGUACAAAGUGGCGUUCUACGGGGGGUUGGCGGGGGAGGCGUUGUGGUUGGCGAGUUACCCGUUCGAUGUGGUCAAGAGCAAGAUGCAGACGGACGGGUUUGGGGCGGGGAUGAAGUACACGACGAUGCGGGACUGCUUUGCGCAGACGUGGCGCGCGGAGGGGGCGCGCGGGUUCUGGAAGGGGAUUGCGCCGACGCUGUUGAGGGCUAUGCCUGUUAGUGCGGGGACGUUUGCGGUUGUGGAGGCUACGAUGCGGGCGAUUGCUUAGAUAAACAGGCACUACAUACAGUAUCUAUGGUAGAGGGGUUUAGGGGAUAACAUGGAUUAUUUCCGGCCUGGGACGAAUACAAACAAGGCGUUGGGCUUCAACCGAAGAUGCUUAAGAACGGGGCAAGAUGGUGG